AUGGGGUCCCCGAGAUGGGCCACCUCAAUGGGUAGAGGCACUGUUAGUCAUGACCCAGUCGCGCCCACAACGGCGAUCAUCCAUCCAAACUAUUAUCUGCAAUCCUUUCCUACUGUCAUUGACUUUGUGAACCGUCAGAAGGUAUGGCAGUGUCUUUUUAGCAUUCGUGUCCUCCAUAAAUUCUUGACCCUUCUUAAGGCGCUGUAUGCCGACUGCCGCGGCCGUGUGAAGGUCUACGGGAAUCUCUUGCCUGAGUUCACCACAGGGGUCAUGCGGAGCAGUCUAGAUUUGAACAGUCAGGGUUUUUAUUCUGUCUCUGCUGUUCCAUAUUUUGCCGAUUAUAUGGUGAAAAAUGAGGCGGCCUGGUGCAGCACAUUCAAUUGCCUGAAAACAUCACAAAAGAGAGAUUCAGCUGGGUUCCAGAGACCCGCAUGUCAUGAUCAGGCUAUUCACGGUAACAGAGCCGAUUCCGGUGCCAAGCCAGUUGCUGGAAGACCAAGUAUCAAGAAAUUUGAAAGGCUGCAGAGAAGCGAUUUGAAUGCUCUGAGCUCCUUGGAAUCACACGUUGGCGGUCGAUUCGGAGUCAAGGCUUAUCGCACUGAUAACGGACAGCGACUCCCUCAAUUGUGUGCGAUUCAUCAACUGUUUCUGGCCCAAACGAAUUUUUUGCCUAAACGUUCACAUCACAUAACCACCAACUGCAAAUGA